AUGGAGGACGAAAAAUCAGGAGGAAUGGAAAAAAAGGAAGGAAGGAAAGAAGGAGAGGGGGAAGAAGUAGGACGAAAAAUCAGGAGGAAUGGAGGAAGAAAAAAGGAAGAAGAGAAAGGUGAGGAAAAGGAAGGGGAACAAGGAAGAGGAAAGGUGGAGGAACAAUCAGGAGUAAUGGAAGAGGAAAAAAAGAAGGAAGAGGCGGAAGAAGGGAAGGAAGAAAUAAGGAAUGGAGGAGGUAAAAUGUGGAUGAUUGGAGGAGGAAAAAAGGAAGGAGGAGGAAGAAAGGACGAAUGGAGGAGGAAAUCGGGAAAAAAGUACGAGGAAUGGAUAAAGAAAGGAAAGAAAAUCGGCGAUAACGCGUCGCGAGAAGCAGAUGAGAGAAGGAAGAAAGGAAGGAAGGAAAAACGAGAGACGGACGAGGAGGAGGAGGGAGAAAAAGGGAGGUCGAACGAAUAA